GAGAUAUUCGCCGCUUCCCUUGGCCGGCUAUAAAUUCCAAACCUCACCGCUAAAUCCUCAACAUACAUCCUCUUCUUCUUCUUCGGUGUUUUAGACGUUUCACUGAAACACACACCACAACAACCAACAAUGGCGUUCCCUAAGGUAUACUUCGACAUGACCAUCGAUGGCCAGCCCGCGGGAAGGAUCGUGAUGGAGCUGUACACCGACAAGACUCCCAAGACUGCCGAGAAUUUCAGAGCUCUCUGCACCGGAGAGAAAGGAGUUGGCAGUAGCGGGAAACCCCUUCACUUCAAGGGAUCUAAGUUUCACCGUGUGAUCCCUAACUUCAUGUGUCAGGGAGGAGAUUUCACCGCCGGGAACGGAACAGGCGGUGAGUCGAUCUACGGGACCAAGUUUAAGGACGAGAAUUUCGAGAGGAAGCACACCGGACCUGGUAUACUGUCGAUGGCGAACGCCGGUGCAAACACGAACGGAUCUCAGUUCUUCAUCUGCACCGUGAAGACCGAUUGGCUUGAUGGUAAGCACGUGGUGUUUGGGCAGGUCGUGGAAGGGUUAGACGUGGUGAAGGCGAUCGAGAAGGUUGGGUCGUCAUCUGGAAAGCCGACGAAGCCGGUGGUUGUCGCCGAUUGUGGCCAGCUCUCUUAGGAUAUCAUCUUAAAACCUUUCUUAAUUUAGCAUCCUCGUGGUCGUGUCUGUCUCUUUUCUAUGGAGUCUUUAAAGAUUGUAGUCAUAAGUUUGGUGUGUUCUCAUGGGAACAUAUAAAAACUUCCCCCCUUUAUUAACUACCAUAAAUAAAUGAGCACUCUUCAUUAUCCUA